UUCUGUGACUGACAGAGAACAAAUACACGAGAAUUUCACACAAUCAGUGCAAUUUAUAGAAAAAUUGUUUAUUAUUGUAAAUACAGUGCGAAAAAAAAUUAACAAUAGUGUAGAUUAGUAAAUCGAACAAGAAAAUAGUUGCACAAAUAAUUUAAGAAUAUCUAGCUGUUUCGUUAGUCCACAAAUAAGAUUAUAACUUCUUUAAAACGGCGAACACACAUUCAAGAUCAUGUCUUCUCUGGAGAAAUUAAAACAACAAAGACUGAUACAUUUAUGUAUAGCAAUAACAUUUUUUACAUCGGGUUUGUUUAUAAACUUUGUCCAAUUACUCUUGCAUCUGACAUUGAAACCCGUCAAUAUUGUACUCUUCCGUAAGAUUAUGUAUUACCUAUGCUACUCACUGUAUUCGCAAUUGAUUUUCGUUGCCGAUUGGUACUCAAACUCCACCCUUCAAGUUUUUAUGGAUGGUGAUGAUGAAAAAACCUAUGCCGGCAACGAGAAUGUUUUGCUUAUGAUGAAUCAUAGUUAUGAAAUCGAUUGGCUAGCUGGUUGGAUGUUCACCGAAAAAGUUCGUGUCUUGGGCAACUGUAAAGCUUAUGCUAAGAAAGUAAUUGCAUAUGUUCCCGUCAUUGGUUGGGCAUGGAAGUUUGCUGAAUUUGUCUUCCUUGAACGUUCGUACGAUAAGGAUAAGGAAAUCAUUUCACGCCAAUUGAAAGAAGUCUUUGCUUAUCCAGAUCCUACGUGGUUGUUGUUAAAUGCUGAGGGUACACGUUUUACACCUAAAAAGCAUGAGGCAUCUGUUAAAUUCGCUGAAGAACGGGGAAUGCCGGUUUUAAAACAUCAUUUGAUACCACGAACAAAAGGUUUUACCGCCAGUUUAGAGAGUUUACGUGGUCGCUGUCCAGCUAUUUACGAUAUUAAUUUAGUAUUUAAAAAAGAUGCUGUGAAUCCUCCUACAAUAUCGACACUUUUAAAUGGAAAACCCGUUGAAGGUUAUAUGCUCGUUAGACGUAUUCCAUUGGACAAUGUGCCCGCUGAUGAAGCAAAAGCAGCUGAAUGGCUACAAAACUUAUUCCGCGAAAAAGACAAGAUUGUUGAUAGCUUCCAUACUACCGGAAGUUUCUUUGCUACCUCUGGUAUAAAAGAAACCCCUUAUAAAUACUAUCCCAGGCGUUUGUGUUCUCUUCUUAAUUUUGCUGUGUGGGCAGUAUUCUCAGUAUCUUUAAUUAUGUACUAUUUGAUUUCGUCAUUGAUAUUGCACAAUUGGAUUGGUCUAUCCAUUGCAGUUGGUGUAUUAGUAACCAUUUAUAUAUUUAUGGUUAAGGCCAUAAACAUGUCGAAAAUCAGCAAAGCUUCCAGCUAUGGUUCAGAAGUUAAAGCUGGCACAAAAAAUGACUAAAACGCACAUAAGGAAAACCUGUCAUUAAGCAACACAACAAAACAACUCUGAUUGUACUUGUACAUUACUAAAGAAAAAAUGCACAAUUUUCCUAAAAUGUACAUUUUAAAAAAGAUAGCGUACAAACAAAAAACAAAUAUUUAUGUUUUCAGUUGAAACUCUAAAAAAACAUCUCUUUUUCACUUACAUAUACUUAAGUUACAUUUUACUUGAAAAAGUGUUAUUCUUAUUCUCUUCAUUCUUUACUCUUUUCUUUCUUUAUUUUAAAAUAUAUGCACAGGAUGUAUUAUAUUAUUAAUAAAACAAUUAAUAACUAUUAUUAUUGUCUUUUCAAAAGUAAAUUAUUUACAUAAAAGAGCUAUGUAUUUAUAUAAGUAAAAAUAUACAAUAGAAAAUCCAAAAAAAGAUCAUGAAAUAAUGAAUAAUAAUGACUAGAUUGAUUUCAAAUAUAAAUUGUAUAUAUUUAAUGAAAUAUAACAACAGUUUUAGUACAUUUAUUUUGUAUAAAAAAACAAUUUCUAAUAUUAGAAAUCACGUUUUAUACUCUGCACUUUUGAUUUAUAUACAUAAAUAUGAAAAUCUUAAAACUGAGUACCUAUAUUUAUAAAUUGUUGGCGUAUAAUCAUUUUUCUUGUUGGUAUUCUACUAAUAUAUAGUUUCUUUAUUAUUUUUUCUUCGCAACACACUUUUAGAUUAUAUAUUAAUUAUUAAAAAAAAGAAAACAAUAUUAAACAUCUUAACAAAUGUUGAAUAUUUUUACAAAUUGAUUUUUUAAUGUUGUCUAUUUCUAAAAAAAAUAAAAUAAAAAUAUAUUAAAAUGUAA